CAAUGAGUUUACACGUGUUUUGGCCAGCCAGUGCCUGUUUAACACUUUUUGUAGUUGGCGUUAUAAUGAUAUUACUCAAAUAUGGACCACGUAUUUGUAAAGUACGUCAUGAAUCUCUUCCUUCUGAUCAAGAAUGGGAAGGAAAAACCUACUCGCGUAAACUUUCUGUUUCUAUAGCAUAACAAAGAAACAUUUUAAAAUACUUUCUAGAAAUAUAUAGGAAAGAUAUAUAAUUUACUGCUUUUACAAAAUUCUCUUAGAGAAAUAAUUGCACAAUUAUGGAUAUUGUUAUUAGCAAACAUAGUUCAAAGAUCUCUCAAUAUUAUGAAUGUUAUUUUCUUAUAGGUUGUGAGAGAUAUACGUUCUAUUACAUACUUUAACUCCGUCCAUUUCUAUACUAAAGAGAAUCUUACAUACAUAUAUAUAUAUAUACUACAUUUUUGUUAAUUUUAUAUGACAAACAAUUUUCUCUUUUUGAAAGAUUUUUUUUUAUAUUGAUAUACAAGUAUAUGUAUUUUAUUUGAACUUAAAAAAUAUUAAUUAAGGAUGUUUGGAGUUAAACCAAAAGGCUUCACAUCUUUAAUAGUAUAAAAAAAAUUCAUGCAAAAGAAAUGAUUUUAAAGAAAUCUCUAAUAAUAGUCAAAGCAAAGAUAGUAUUUAAAUCCGUCCAUGAUUUUAUAUUAAUAAAUAUGAUGUACUUUGCAUGACCUAUUAUAUUUAGGAUAUAAUAUAUAAAAAUAUUUUGUAUUUUUUAUAUAGCCAAUUUUUUCAUUACGAAUAAAAUGCUUUUGUUUGCAUAAACAUUCCUUAAACAUAAUUUUUUAUUCAUAGGAAUAAGAUUAUAAUUAUAAUAUUAAAAUAAUAUUAUAAAGAAAUGAAAUAUAUAAGCACAUACGAUAUUAUAUUUAGAUUUUAUAUAUAAUAUUUAAUUUUUAUUGACAACAUUGGAUUUUUGUUACAUGUGUAAUGGUUACAUGAUUUUAUUUAAUAAGUAGAUACAUUAUACAAUUUUUUUUUUCUUUUUUUAUUAUGUAAUGUCAAUUCAUAAAUAAAUCCAGUGAUGAAUCAAAUAAACUACAAGAUUUACUCUAGUCAAGAAGUUAGAAAGAAAUAAUAUUUCUUAAAAAAUCAUAAAACAGAAAUUAAAUCUUAACUUUUUGAACUAACUAUUCGGUUCAAUCGAUUGAAUAAAAUUUGAUUGUGUUCAUGGCAGUGGCUAAAUGCUUACUGCAUAAUGCAAAAAAAAAAAUAAUAAUGAUGAUGAUAAUUUAUUUAUAAUAACGAGCUUAAACUAUUAUAACAGAGUAUCAAUGAAACUUGACGGUAAUCGAGCAUGAUAUCGAUAAUAAUGUACUUGAAAAUUUUUGUCGAUUAUAAUGUUAUAGAUUUGCAAAGCGAACAAUAAUAAUAAUAGUAAUAAUAAUAAUAUUAAUAAUAAUAAUAAUAAUAAUAAUAAUAAUAAUAAUAAUAAUAAUAAUAAUUACAAAUCGAAUUUCUUAUUCUCAUGUAAGGAGAGAGAGAGAGACAUUAAAAGUCUAAAUUCUGUUUACUAUCAUCGAAGGAUUUGAAAAAAUUAAUUUUUCUAAUUAUUUAACGUAUAUUUUCUAUUAAUGCUAUAUUACAAUGCGGUUUAAAACACAAAGAACUCUCAUUUUUAUUUUUUGUUCUUUUCUUUUUCUUUUUUUUGUUUCUUAAGUUCCAUACACAGAGAAGUCAAGCAUGAUAUUUUUAGUUUAAUACUUAAUAGACACGCUUAAUGAUAAUAAUAACUAUAUAUAAUAAUAAUGAGCCCAUAGAGAACGUAUAAUGUGUAUAAUGCUAUCUUAAAUUCUACUAUUUUAAUAAAUUUUAUUUUUAAUCAUCA